AUGGAAGGCUCAAAUUCUUCACCUUCAUCUUCCUCGUCGUCAUCUGGGCUUGACAGCUUAAUUUUAUUCUCUUCGGAUGACGAGGGACUAGCACUCAUAAUUUCGGCGGUUCAAAUGGUGGUUCAAGCUGUAAUGGAAGACGAAGGGUUCUCUUCAGAACCCAAAAGGAGAAAAUAUAUAGUACGGGACCGAGUCACCACGCAUGACUUAUCGGUAAGUGAUUAUUUUUCACCAAACCCUACUUAUGAUGAUAGUACUUUCAGACGUCGAUUUCGUAUGAGCCGUGAUUUAUUUCUUAGAAGAUCAAAUGAUUUAUCAAGUAAAUAUGAAUAUUUUCGACAAAGAAAAGAUGCGUGUGGUCGUCUAGGAUUCAACACGUUGCAAAAAGUCACGGCUACGCUUAGGCAAUUGGCUUAUGUAACGGCUUCCGACAUCAUGGGUGAAUAUAUAAAAAUGUCAGAACGAACCGCGAGGGAAAGCCUCCAUUAUUUCUCAUCAUGGGCCGAACAAUACAGUAGCAGAUUUCAUAAAAAACCGGCUAUGAUGCUUGAAGCGGUUGCACCUCAAGAUCGUUGGAUUUGGCAUGCAUUCUUUGGAUCUUUCUUUGUUAACGGUGCGGAGUAUGAAUUUGGUUAUUAUUUGACGGACGUUAUAUACCCGGAUUGGGCUGUGUUCGUAAAAUCAUUUACUCGGGGAACGACGUUAGACGAAAAGAGACGUAAGUUUAAUGGGGCUCAACUGGCGGCACGAAAGGACAUUGAACGUGUUUUGCAAUCUAGAUGGCACAUUUUGAAAGUGCCGUGUAGAAUUAUGGAAAAACCUAGUAUUCGAAAUGUGAUGUACGCGUGCGUUAUUUUGCAUAACAUGAUUUUGGAGGAUAAUGGACGUGCAAUUUGCGAGUAUUACGAGGAGACAAGUCAACCAACACCGUAG